UUAUACCUAGUUGCAACAGUUCAGACAUUUAGUUUUUCUCCGGAGUAACGGCGAAGUGGCUCUGCAAUAGGUCGGCAAUCUGUUACAAUUUGGUGAUUGACGUCCAUUGAUGUUGGCAAGGUGUAAAUAUUAGGCGUUGCCAACUCAACAUGCUGCUUAAUGAGGUCUUGAAAUUUAGAUGAGGGGAUUAUUGUUGAUAUGCUGUGCAUUUCAGCCUGCCGAACUGUGAAUGUGAUUUGACGUUCGCUAUUACAAAGUUCCAUGUGAAACUCCUCCGUAAGCCCAAACUUAGUGACAGAUUUCUGGUACCAAAAGUUUGAAUGGUUGAGCCAUUUGCUGCAAAAAGCUGAAGGCUAUCAGGAGUAAGUGUUGAGUGUUUAUGAAUGAUGUUCAGUGGUACAAUUGAGAUGACAGACCCGGAGUCAAUUAAAAAGUUAAGAUUGUUUUUGCUAUCAAAAAUGUGCAGUCUUUGUCCUUUGAUGCUGAUGUCUUGUUCUACGCUGCCAUCAGUUGCAUCGAUAGACGGGAUUAGUUUCCCUGCGUGCCGUCCGUAGGUUUGUUGAAUUCGCAUGGAGCUUUACAUUUCCUCGAUGCUGCACCAAAUCGAAUAUGGUAGUAACAUACUUUUGUAUUUCCACGUAGUCGACUUCUGCUUCGUUCGCCAACGCUUUCGGCGCUUGAACCACGGAGUUGGUUCAUUGUUGCAGCCAUGUUGACUGAUAUUUCGCUUAGUUUUUGAAUAAUUUGGUUGAAAGAGGUCUCCAACGCCAAUAGUCGUGCUUCCAAGGUGUUUUGCUUGGAUAUGUUUAGAGCUGUGCAAUUGGCUUCAUUGUCUUGCGGAAUGGUUGUAUAUGCAACUAUGUAUGAGGGUGAAUUAUCUACAAUUCGAUCGGCUACCUCGGCGAGAUUUUCCAAGUCUGUAGACUUGCACGCCGACAAUAUGCAACGAACGUUGUUGGGCAUUCGCUGCAACCACAAUGUUGACAGAGCUUAAUUAGAGACGUUAUUGCCGGCCAGAUCACACAUUUCCCUCAACAAUUGACUGGGUUUCUUAUUGAACAGUUCUAUUCCUGUUAGAAGUUUCAUCAGCUGCUUCUCCUUGGACUCACUGAAACGAGCAAUUAGUUCUUUUUUCAAUUUGUCAUGAAUAUUUUCCAGAUGAAGAUGACUUCGGUGAAGCAUCAGAUAUAGAACAGGAAAUCGAGUUAGAGGCUGUUCUGGCUGAAAACCACGAUGAUAUUGAGGAUUUGUAUAGAGAAGCUAUCGCCCUUGAGGCUUCAACUACAAUGGAAUCAUGCAGCACAUCUAUUACCCAGGGCCUUAUAUACAGGUCGAAAGAUGGUAGAAUGUGGAAUUCAAAUCCUCCACCACCUGGAAGGCCUCGUUGUCACAAUGUUACAACUUUUACUCGUAAAGGGCCACUACGAGGAGCGUCACCGAGUCAUAAAGCUCUUUUCAAGCUAUUGCUGUCUCCUGAAAUCGUAAGUAUCAUUGUGCGGGAAACCAACAGAAAAGCCGUUGAAGCGUUUCGUCUAUGGAAUGAAAAGCAUCCCAGUAAUAAACAGCGUUCUUGGCCAGCGAAAGAAUUGUGGGCCAGCUACAAUAUGCCAAUUUAUAAGGCAACUAUGUCAUUGAAUCGGUUCAAGAGCUUAACUACUUUCAUCCGUUUCGGUAACAGUGGUACUCGUGCUGAGAGGUUGAAGCAAAGCAAAACUGCUGCCCUGGACGAUGUAUAGCUCAUGCUGAUGGCCAAUUUAGAGAAAGCAUACACUCACCGGAUUGUCAUGUAACCGUCGAUGAACAGUUAUUUCCAUAUCGUGGGCGCACUCGAUUCACCCAAUAUAUUCCGAGUAAGCCGGCAAAAUAUGGCAUGAAAGUGUGGUGGAUUUGUGACUCUGUUUCAAACUACUGGAAAACCACCAGGUGGCCAGCGAGAAACGAAUCAAGGUGAACGGGUCGUCAUGAAAUUGAUGCAAAAUUAUAUGGACAGCGGUAGGACUGUUUAUGCUGACAAUUUUUUUUCAACAUACAACUUGGCAGAAAUGUUGAUGAAUCGUAGAGUGGCUUUUGUCGGUACCGUAAGAAAAAAUAAGACCUUCAUUCCGCAUGAAUUGCUUAACCCGAAGCGUGAUGUUAAAAGCACUUUAUUUUGUUAUCACAAUAAUAAUAUCGGUCUGUGCUCGUAUAUGGCAAAGCCGAAAAAGCCAGUAAUUAUGUUAUCCACUGCCCAUUACCGUCAAAGCACCGAUCCAUUGAAAGGAUUCAAGCCAGAUCAAAUUUUGGACUACAAUAAAUUUAAAGCGGGGGUAGAUACAAUGGAUCAAAUGUUGACUGGCUAUUCGUGCAAACGUUCGACAAACCGUUGGCCACUGGCAAUGUUUUAUAAUAUGCUGGAUAUUGCCGGUUUGGCCUCAUUUAUCAUCUAUGACGAGCUGAAUCCGGCAAAGCAGAGUGAUAAGAGGCGCUCAUUUAUCAUUGAAUUGGCACGGCAGCUAGUUAUUCCACAUAUGACGAAACGGGCGACUAACCCCUUAGUAUGGAGGUUUGCUCAUAUAAGACAAGCAAUGAAUCUUUUCAAUAUCAAGGUACCGGAAUCUUGUCCAUCGACAUCAGAUGCAACACAGCAACAAUCAUAUGCUCAAGUUGCUUCAAAACGGUCAUCGUGCUACCAUUGUGCUGCUUCUUCUUCGAAAAAGCGACGUAAAACUCGUUAUAACUGCAGCAAAUGUAAUCGACCCAUAUGUCUUAAUGAACAUUCCAUGCAACUAUAUAGUUGUAAACCCAAUUUCCCUUUAUAAUUAAUACUAAUCCGUUCAAAUAAAUAAAUAAAAUUAUUUUUAAAACCGUAUUUCUUAC